AUGUCUAUACUUGUAUCUGAUGUCUAUCUCUCUCCCACACAGAGGAAGGUAUACAGGACCAGCUCUACGGUGCCGCACGAACUCGCGGGCAUGCUCAGUCGCGAGACGUUUGAGAAAGCGAGAUUGUACAACCUCGACAAGAGCAGCUUUGGCUUCUGGUCGAGUCUCUAUUCCCAGCUGGAAACGUCCGCGAUCCUGUUGCUAGGCGGCAUCCCGUUUCUAUGGAACGCGGCGGGUGACGUGAUUGGUCGGUGGGGGUACACGCAAGAGGACGAGAUCACGCAGUCGAUGGCGUUCCUGCUGCUGUUGUCGGUUUAUUCGACGAUAUCGUCAAUGCCGUGGAGCCUGUAUUGUACGUUCGUCGUGGAAGAGAAACAUGGAUUCAACAAGCAGUCGAUGCUGGCAGACUUUAACCGGGAGCAGACGCGCUUCUGCGAGGGGAAGCAGGGCAGGCAGGCCGGGGAGGCGGUGGCGGUGCCACCCUGGGUCGGCUACAACGACGAGGAACAGCUAAAGAAACAGAUCCUUGCUCUGUCUCAGGACAAGCGCAACUUCCUGCGGAACCCGCCAGGGGGCGUGCCGUUCAACUUCGACUAUGCGACGUCGCACCCGGUCGCCAUGGCGACGCUCAACGACGACGCCAACCUGCAGAAGAUGCGAUUCGAACUCGUGAACCUGUUUCUGUGUCUCUGCCUCUUCGCGAUGCUCAUCAGCAGACAGGAGCUCUACGCUGCGUUUGGCUUCCCGGCCGCCCCGCCGCACCCCGUCCUCAUCGGUCUCAUCAUCAUCUUCCAGUUCGUCUUCUCGCCUUACAACGAGCUCGUCUCGUUUGCCAUGACGGCGCUGAGCCGUCGCUUCGAGUUCCAGGCAGACGCGUUCGCUCGCUCGCUGCGCCGCGCCACCGCGCUGCGUGGCGCCCUCUGCAAGCUGAACGCGGACAAUCUGUCGUUCCCGCUCUGCGACCCAUUGUUCUCCACCUACCACUACUCCCAUCCACCGCUGCUGGAGAGACUCCGCGCUCUACGCGACGACGACAAACAGGACUAGAGGGGGCGCCACCAACCACUACGCGCGCUCUACGCGACGACGACAAACAGGACU